GACGCGGCUUUCCCAGCAUACGUGCAGGCAGACAUGAUCAACCUCUGGUAAAGAAAGAGGAAGCUUCUUGAUCCAUUCAAAACAAGAACAGUCUCCUGCUUGUGCCGGUGGAGGCGAUGAUGCUCCUGAGAAGCCUGUGUCUGGCCUUUCUCCUCCCGGCCCUGGCGGAGGCUCAGUAUGAGAAGUACAGCUUCAAAAGUUUCCCCCAGAAGGACAUCAUGCCGCUGGACUCCGCGUACGGCUUCGCGCUGGAGCAGUACGCGGCGCAGAACUGGGCAGAGAGCAUCAAGUACCUGGAGCUCAGCCUGCGGCUCCACCGGCUGCUGCGGGACAGCGAGGCGUUCUGUGGCCGCAACUGCAGCUCUGUCAGCCGGGACAACGACACCCUGUUCGCCGACAGCACCCUCCGCGUCAUGCGCCACAUCCUGCUGAGGGCUGCGUGCCUUAAAAAGUGCAAGGCAGAUUUUCCAGUGUUUAAGCUCACAUACCCACGGAGGGAUGUGCUGGAAACCUUCGAGAAAAGGGUACCGUAUCGGUACAUACAGUACGCGUACUACCAGCUUAACAACUUGGAGAAGUCUGUGGCGGCGGCCCACACCUUCCUGAAGAAGAACCCAACGGAUCCCUACCUGACCAAGAACAUGAACUACUACAAGUCACUGUUAGAUGUGGAAGAAUAUCUCAUCGACCACGAGGAGCAGCCGUAUGAAAGUGUUUUCCUGAAGAGUGUGACGCUUUACAACAGCGGAGACUUCAGCAGCAGUGCCCGAAACAUGGAGCAGGCCAUCACACAGUACUUUGAAAUAUACAAGAGCUGCUUAGCAGGCUGUGAGGGUUCAUAUGAGAUCUUAGAGUUCAAAGACUUCUAUCCCACGCUGGCAGAUCUCUACACCGAUGUGCUGAAAUGUAAGGUGAAAUGUGAAGAGAACCUGACACCCAGCGUUGGAGGCUUUUUUGUGGAGAAGUUUGUAGCCACCAUGUAUCACUACCUGCAGUUUUCCUAUUAUAAAUUGAAUGAUGUAAAGAGCGCUGCUCCGUGUGCAGCCAGUUACAUGCUGUUUGACAGUAAAGACCAGGUGAUGCAGCAAAAUGUAGCGUACUAUCAUUUCUACCGGGAGCAGUGGGGACUGGAGGAAAGUGACUUUCAACCUCGGCCUGAGGCGUUGAGGUAUUUUAAUGAGACAACCAAGCAGAAAGAGAUGCUAGAGUUUGCACUGAACUACCUGCAAACAGACGAUGAGGACGUAGUUAGUCCAGAAGAAAUGUCCACCUCUGACUCAGAGCAUCCUGACACUGAGUUUGAGGGUAUGGGAGACUACGAGGAGUCCUUCCUGGCUGAGUGGUGGCAAGAACCCAAAACUAAGUGGGACGCGGGAGAGGUCGCAGACUGACAUCUGUCCCUGUCUCCUGUGCAGAAGACUCCCAUGGCCAGCUCUGUCCCACCUCUCCUGACAACAUACAGACACCUACAUUCUCAGCAGUAUUAAGCAGAAAUGGCCACAGCUGUGUACUUUCCUGAAGAGUAAACGGACGAACCUAUCCGUCAUGUUGAUCAAGAUCAGAGAUUGACAUAUUAUGUCUUGGCUGUCAUCAGCCUUUUAAAACUGUUUGUUUUUAUAAUCAAUCAUUGACCUGUAUGUCAGUACUUGUUAAUGCAUUUUCUACAGUUUUUAUUUACAAUUUUUAUUUAAUGAAAGCUGAAUGUCCCUGUGCCGUGGUAUAAUGAAGGUGACAUGCAGCUUUCCUUACGCUGAACGAUCUGUCAACCACCAAUUGGGUUGUUGUUGUUAUAAUGACAUGCUCGUAAUUAAAGUACUAUUUUAAUAUA